CCAUGUUGGGCCCAAAUACGAAGACAGACAGGUGCAUGAGCCCACACUGGGCUCAACCCAGGUCGGGCGUCGGCGCAGGCAUAGACGUCGAAGGCAGCAAUUCGCAGCCGGCGGUCUCCUCCCCCUCCGUCGUCCUCCUCCCCGCGCACCACGGGUUUCGAUAGGAGCCUGAGGUGAAGAACAGUCGGUUAACACUUAAAAGCUGACGUUACGUAAUUGGAACAAUGCCUCCUCAUAAGAUAGAGACUGGACACCAGGAUGUGGUGCAUGACAUCGCGAUGGAUUACUACGGGAAGCGCCUCGCCACUGCAUCCUCUGAUAACACAAUAAAGAUCAUUGGCGUAAGUGGCACCUCGCAGCAGCAACUUGCUACUUUGAGCGGACACCAGGGCCCAGUUUGGCAAGUCGCAUGGGCUCAUCCUAAGUAUGGUUCCAUGCUUGCAUCCUGCAGCUAUGAUGGGCGGGUUAUUAUAUGGAAAGAAGAGGGUAAACCUGAUGAGUGGACACAGGCUCACACUUUCACUGAGCACAAGUCUUCUGUAAAUUCCAUUGCUUGGGCGCCUCAUGAACUCGGCAUCUGCUUGGCUUGUGGUUCAUCUGAUGGGAACAUUUCAGUCUUCACAGCUCGUUCUGAUGGUGGGUGGGAGACGACGCGCAUCGACCAGGCUCAUCCAGUGGGCGUGACCUCUGUCUCCUGGGCUCCGGCGAUGGCCCCGGGUGCCCUAAUCAGCCCAGGGCCUUCAGGGCAGUUUGAGUAUGUUCAGAAACUUGCUUCUGGUGGCUGUGACAACACAGUCAAGGUGUGGAAGCUCACCAACGGGAGCUGGAGGAUGGACUGCUUCCCAGCCCUUCAGAUGCACAGGGACUGGGUGAGAGACGUCGCCUGGGCUCCAAACCUAGGCCUUCCAAAGUCCACAAUCGCCAGCGCCUCUCAGGAUGGAACUGUUGUCAUCUGGACCGCGCCGAAAGAAGGCGAGCAAUGGGAAGGCAGAGUUCUGAAUGAUUUCAGAACCCCCGUUUGGAGGGUGUCGUGGUCGCUGACAGGAAACAUACUGGCGGUCUCUGAUGGCAACAACAAUGUGACCCUGUGGAAAGAAGCUGUGGAUGGCGAAUGGCAGCAAGUGACUACCGUCGAGCCAUAGAUGUUCCGUGUUCUACCUCUAGCUGCAUUUAUCGCCAUCAUAACAAAUGUAGUUUUGUCUUUAUAUUAUCUGUAUGGCUUGGAUUACAAGUGGGAACUCCCCGUGAUUGUUAGGCUGCUGCUUUGGCAGGACAGAACAGGCCGUGCGUGUGAGAAGCUUUUUACUUGGUCAGAAGCAGAAAAUUUGGAACUUCUAUCUAUCCCAAUUGGACUCUUUAUGGUA